UGUCGCCUGCCUGCUGCCUGGCCCCUCUCUGGUGCGUUCCUGGUGUGCUGGGGAAUCUGGUCUCUCCUCCAGGCUUGCAGCACAUCAGGCACCUCUGGGACCCAUGUCUUCCUUCAGGCUGGUUAAUCAUUCUUUAUCGGUAGGACAGACCCUUUGGCAAGUCCGGAGGAAACGUGAAAGAUGUCUAAUGUGAAGUUGAGACUGGUGUUUAUCUCCCUGGUGGUCCUGGGAGUCUGGCCUUUGUAUUUCAAGAUUGUCAAACUGACCUCAGUGAAAGAAGAGGUUCAACAUGGCUUCAACAAAGGAAAUAGGAGAGACUUCCUCCAGCUCCCCGAGCUCAACUGCGAGCAGAAUCCCCCUUUCCUAGUCCUACUGGUGGCCUCGUCCCAGGACCAGGUGUUGGCUCGCUCUGUCAUCAGGGGCACCUGGGGCAGAGAAAGGCUGUUGAGAGGGAAACGCAUCAAAAUGCUCUUCCUCCUGGGGGCCGGCCCCAACAAGAACCUCCUGAGGAAAAUGUCCCAGGAGAGCCAGCAGCACCGAGACAUCAUCCAGAAGGACUUUGUGGACACAUAUAAUAACCUGACCCUGAAGACGCUGAUGGGCAUGGAGUGGGUCCACCGCUUCUGUCCCCAGGCGGCUUUCGUGAUGAAGACAGACACGGACACCUUUGUGAAUGUCUAUUACCUGACCGACCUGCUUCUGCAGAAGAACAGGACCUCCCGGUUCUUCACGGGCUCCAUAUUUAUCAACACUUCUCCCAUCAGGAACAAGGACAGCAAGUGGUUUGUGAGCACAGAGGAGUAUCCGAGGGACAAGUACCCUCCCUUCUGCUCAGGCUCUGGCUACGUCUUCUCCAGCGACAUCGCAGGGCUGGUCUACAACGUGUCCCAAAGUGUCCCCUUGUUUAAGCUGGAGGAUAUUUUUGUGGGUCUCUGCCUUGAAAAACUGAACAUCAGACCAGAGCCUCUGCACACAGAAGAGACUUUUUUCCCAUAUACUUUACUUUUUUCUGUGUCCCGCUUCAAGAAGAUUGUGACCUGCCAUCCUAUUAAGCCCUCGGUUAUGCUGUCCUAUUGGCAUGCUCUGAAAUGAUUUGCGGUGUGACUGUUCACCUGCUGAGGACAGCCCAGCAGCACAGGGAACCCCAUACUCUCACAUAGCGACAUUUUCUAAAGACCUUGCAUGCACUCUGGUGUCACUGAGAUUCCUCAGGGCAGAGGGGGUCAGGAAGAAGAAGAACGAUUGUUGGUUAUUACCAACAAUAAUUGCUUAAGGCUGUGGUCUAUUUACAUAAUCACUGUUUUGUCUGAGACCCGCCCUGCCUGCAGGGCAUUGGUUUAAUCCCCACUGGUUAGAUGGAAUUCAAGCUUUUUCCUUCUCUCCUCCCACUCUCCUACCCAGUUCCAUUUUCCGGCUUGCCACUUCUGCCUUGGAAGAUAUAAAUGCAGAUGAAUAAAGCCAGCAUUGCAUUGAGUUCCCACUCCGCGUCCCAGAGUCUCUCUCUCCUGCGAUGCUAGCCCGGCACGAGUUCCUGAUCCCUCUCCCGCGCAGCAGCCUAGGUUGGCUCCGGUCGAGUUCUCUCCAACCCAGAGAGCACACUCCCAGGAAGAAGCACCCUCAGGAUAGCCCGGCAAAUGAUGUACUGCAGAAAACAAGGAGGAACUGACUAUGCCUAGAAGCAAUCAGGGUUUAUUCCCUCAUCAGGGCAAGAUUAUCUGUUAUACUGUAGGGAUGCAGAUCUGAGCUGAGAAUUACAUCCCGUGGUCUGAAACUUUACUCUACAUCUUUGGAAAACACUCUGGUCUACUUCCAAGUCGGACAGAAAAGAAGAUGUAUGUUGGGUGCUAGGGGUUCGCAUGUGGACAUACUUGAGGGAUUCAUUAUCUAGUCCACGUGAGGUGGCUGCACGAGCAGGCCUAUCUGUUGAGAUACACUGGGGUUUAUGUUUUAAUUGGGAGCAUUUUGUAUGUCAGUUAUCUCCCCAUAAAUAUAACUUUGGGAAAAAAAAGUGCGGCCACAGUGUCACCAAUAAUGCUAUCAGAGUUGGAUGAGUUGAAUACCACAGAGGGGGACAUAUGU